AUGGAUGAGAAAGUGCGGGAAAUGAUAUGGGACUAUCUCAAGCCAGUGGUGUACCCUCAGAACACCAUCGUUCGUCGAACGGGAGAACCAUUUGAUAGCAUUCUCUUCGUUACAGAAGGCAUUUUGUGGGUUUACUCGACCACUGAUGGAAGUCAGCAGACUGGAAUGAUGAACCAAUUCUUUCAGAAAAGUGAUGUUUAUGGAGACGAAGAACUUCUGAGUUGGACAACAUCCCACAGUGGCAGCCCCUCCUAUACAAAUCUUCCGUUCUCGAAGGAAAAUGUGAAAUGUCACACAAAGGUACAAGGCUUUGCUCUCAGUGCUAUGUACUUGACAGCUGUAGUUUCCAAAUGUGGAGAUUUCUGGAGCCCUAGUAAGACCACUACUCUAGUGCUGGUGUAG